UAUGAGACCUUUUGUGUCCAAACGUAACAAAGUUUUUUAAUUAUAACUUAAUUUUGCCUGGAAAUCAAGAAAUUACUUCAAAACGCAAGUUUGUUUUGUAUCGUUGAGCGCCACGAGUUUACCUUUCACCUUACUCGCACCCAACCCAAAGCCAAAGAACAAAUCGACUUGGUGCGUCUGUCUAGUCGCGCAUUUCCUUUCGAGUCAGUCGCUUAAGAACUCUUCAGCGCGCACGGUACCACCAGUUAUUUGCUUCUUGUUAAUAACAUUGCAUCGGCGGCGCGCGCUCAGCAAACACAUAAACAUUAAGAGGCGCAUUCCUCACACUUUAUUCAUCGCAUGUUAAUUUUUAUCGCGUAUUAAAAUUCCUAGAGUGUUCGCGGUGGAUUUCCGAUUUUUUCGAAUUAAUUCGUUUUUGUAUGCAGGAGCGCAUUCACAAAGUUUACAAAGUAGAAAGCCGCCAUUCGAACGCCGCUAGGGUGUCGGACUGUGUCACAGUUUUGUGGUGACAUGUGUGUUGAUUCUUUUUAAUGAACGGAUAAGGCACGCAAAGAGAUUUUCUUCAAAAUGGGGACGCAACAUCGAUGGCUAUGGCUGUUACUGUUUAUGUUUAUAAAAAUACUAGAAACAUCAUCAAAGGAAUUAAGAGUGGUAUGUUAUUACACAAAUUGGUCAGUGUAUAGGCCGGGAACAGCAAAGUUCAGCCCGCAGAAUAUAAAUCCAUACCUGUGUACACAUCUUGUUUACGCCUUCGGUGGUUUCACGAAGGAGAACACUUUGAAACCAUUCGAUAAAUAUCAAGAUAUCGAAAAAGGUGGAUAUGCGAAAUUUACCGGUUUGAAGACCUAUAACAAGAAUCUAAAAACAAUGUUGGCCAUUGGUGGAUGGAAUGAAGGUUCAUCUAGAUUUUCUCCCAUGGUGGCAAGCGCUGAGAGACGAAAAGAAUUAGUAAAAAAUGUCGUCAAGUUUUUGCGACAGAAUCACUUUGAUGGUCUAGAUCUAGAUUGGGAAUAUCCAAGUUUCCGUGAUGGAGGUAAACCUAGAGAUCGAGAUAACUACGCACAAUUAGUUCAGGAAUUACGUGAAGAGUUUGAAAGAGAAUCACAGAAAACCGGACGACCAAGACUGUUACUUACCAUGGCGGUACCAGCUGGUAUAGAGUACAUUAACAAAGGAUAUGAUGUACCAAAACUCAUGAAAUACUUGGAUUGGAUGAAUAUUCUUAGCUACGACUAUCAUUCCGCGUUUGAACCUUCUGUGAAUCAUCAUGCACCACUCUACCCGUUGGAAGAAGACAAUGAGUAUAACUACGACACCGAAUUGAAUAUCGAGCAUACGAUUCAGCAUUAUUUGAAGGCUGGUGCCAUAAGCGAUAAACUUGUUCUUGGUAUUCCGACUUAUGGUCGCUCCUACACGCUGUUCAAUCCUGAUGCCAAUGACAUCGGAGCGCCUGCUGAUGGGCCGGGAGAAAUGGGAGAUGCUACCAGGGAGAAUGGUUAUUUGGCUUAUUAUGAAAUUUGUGAAGCUGUAAAUUCUGGUGAGUGGACGGUGGUUCAACCUAAUGACGAAGCAAUGGGUCCUUACGCAUACAAAGAAAACCAAUGGGUUGGUUAUGAUGACGAAGCAAUCGCAAGGAAAAAGUCACAAUAUGUUGCUGAUAAAGAUUUGGGUGGUAUUAUGUUUUGGUCCAUUGAUAACGACGACUUUAGAGGAACCUGUCACAAUAAAUCUUACCCAAUUAUUGAAGCUGCUAAGGAAGCUUUAGUUGAAGCUCUUGGGCUUGGUAAUGAGAAUGCCAUUCAAAAAUCAAACAAAAACGCAAAACCACGUACCAGCAGAUACCGCACCAAAACAACUGAAGAACCAUCCACAGAACGUACAAGAAACAGUGGUGGUCGUCAAGGUGCCGAACCUACUUCCUCCCGAAAACGUCCACAAGGCCGCGUUGAAGAAACAAGCAAUACCGGUAGCAGUACAUCAAGUCGCAGACGUCGUCCAAGUUCUAGAAAAUCAAACAAAUCAUCAACCACUGAAUCUAAUGAACCAGUACGAGGAAGUGGUAGUAGUUUAGUGGUAACCACACCAAGUUACAAAACACCAGAACCACCAACAACACCAGAUCCAGGCGGUGAUUUUAAGUGUGAAGAUGAAGGUUUCUACCCGCACCCACGCGAUUGUAAGAAAUAUUUCUGGUGUCUCAGUGGACCCUCCGAAUUGGGUAUUAUAGCUCAUCAGUUCACUUGCCCGUCGGGUUUGUAUUUCAAUAAAGCAGCAUCUUCUUGUGACUACACUCAAAAUGUGCUGUGUAAUAAAAAAACAAAAACCACCACGACCACAACCACCGAGGCCACGGCUACAAAGUCCGGUAUAACUACUAAAACGUCGACAACCACAGAAGAAAUUACAAGAAGACCUGACUCUUUGUCGAUAUUCUCAACGCGUCGACCACCGCCGAAAAUAACUGCCGCAACCAGCAGAACCACUUUUGUCUCUACCACUAAGGCCACUACACCUGAGUAUGAGGAGGAAUAUGAAGAAUAUGAAGAUGAGGACCGUAAAGAUGGCAACGAUACAGAAUCGGAUUCCGAGGAUCCACAAGUGAUUAAAGAGUUGUUGGAGUUGAUCAAGAAAGCUGGUGGUAUCGAAGAACUGGAGAAACAGUUAAACCUGAAAGAUGAUGCUAAUGAACCAACUCAACCGGGAUCCACUACACCUUCACCUAUUAAACAAAUUUUGUAUCAAAAAGUCUUAGCUAAAACCAAAUUGAGCAAUCCCACAAAUCGUCAGAAUUCUAUAAAUUACAACUCAAUUAAUAGAAACCGCAAUAGUCGUGGUCCGCAGUAUGAAGGUUUAACCAAUGAAGACAAAACUGAGAAAUCUUUAGCAAGACCUAAAUAUUCAACUAUUUCCCGUGCGAGAACAACAAGCAACGAAGAUACACCAGAGGAUGAUAAGGAGGAGGUGGUUAAAACAAAAGAAGAAGUUGCUCCGGUUUACGAAAAACCUAAAUAUAUCUCAUUAAGACGUAAUAGGGUCUCUACAGCUGCUCCAGUAGAUGAUGUAGAUGAAGAUAAUGAGGAACCUGUUAAGUUACCUGAAGUUUCUACAACAUCCAAGUCGCCAUAUGUUACUUUAAAGAGGUCUAGACCAACUACAACUACUGCAAGAAACGAGGAGGAACCUUUGGAUAGGGUGGUACUGGGAGAAGAGGAAGUGGAUACUGCAUCACCAAACUAUGUUGUUCUAAAUCGUCAAAGAUCAACCACCACCAAAGCUACAACUUCAAGAUAUAAGGAGAUUAGACGUAGUACAACGGCAGCUCCACCGGUAACUGAGCAAGAAGAAAAAGAAGAGGACAUAACAACUAGUUUUGCAUCACCAACAGCAGACACUAAUUCAAAAAUUACUAACACGCUUCUAACAUUCAUUAGCGAUGAGCCAUUAAGUCACACAUUAAGCUUUGAAACAACAAUACCAUCCAUCACAGAAUCACCCAAAAACGAAAUUCUUGAACCGCAAUUGUUGGAACCGCGCCCAUUCUCAAUCAGCACAAACGCCAAAUUGGUACCAUCAACUACCACAACAACGUCAACAACAACUACAACGAAACUUGUACCAACAUCAUCUUCUUCAACCACAUCAACAACAUCACGCGUGGAGACGGAAGCCCCUAAGGUGAGUUCUAAGUCACUAAGCAAUGUACAGACACAAACAAGAGGUAGGAUUAGGGGUACGGCACGUUUCACGCUUAAAACUGAUGCACAAAAAUCGCCCGACCAGCAACAAGAACAACAACAGCACAUCGACCACACUGAACGCCAUUACAGACCCGAGUCGUCCGCUAUCAGCGACUUGUCAUCACUCACCGCAGCCGAUUUCGGUUUCAAUGUAAAUAAUCCUAACCAUCAUGGCAGACGGUCACGCCCGCGCACUUCCACUAGCACUGUAGUCACACAAGCACCCACUAGCACUGAUACUUUACCACCAUUAUCAACAACUACAACUACAACAACAACACAAGAAACUUUUAAAACGGGUUCACGUACUUUAACUCUAGCACGAGAAUAUUUGAAAAAUUCACAGUUUGGUAGCAGUAGACGCCGUCCGACGACGUCGACUACGACGGUUAGUGAUGAGGGUGUAAAUGUUAGAAUUAAGUCCGUCACCGAAGAGCCCAAAGUGACCAAAGUACAGCGCACGCAUGUACGACGAUUGAGACCUGUUAGUGUCUCCACUCAAACUUCUACAGAGCCUUCGGAAGUGACUCAAGCAAGAAGAUAUCGAGGAAGAAGCACGACGCCAUUACCCUACCGACGAAGGAAUGAAAUUGAUGGUGGUAACACCGACGAUGAUGAUAUUAAACUAUCAGAGAGUAAUAUUUUAGAGAAUAGUGAUUUGAAUCGGGCCAACACGAACGCCAUUAAAGAUGAUGCUAAGGCAGUGCCACGAAAAGUAAUUAAAAGAAUUAGAUAUCCAACCACUAGCACAAGUACUACAACCGAAAGUGCCAUUGAGGAAGAAACUGAAUUAGCUCCUAGCUCAAAUCCUGCAAGUCGCAGCACUGAACCGAAUAUUAUAGUCAGAACUAGGAUUAUUUUAAGAAAAGUGACUUCCACAACGCCAUCUACAACAGCUACUGAGGAGGUAACCCCAGUUGAAGAAAAAACAACUGAAAGUAAUAGAAAAUUCAGAAUUAUUAAACGUAUCAGAACAACACCAUCAACAACUAUUUCUGAUUCUGAAGUUACAGAAAGUGCCGUUCCAAUAAAAACUAGACUGAUUCCAGUUUCGGGUAAUAAAUAUAAUUUGAAUACAAUUUCAAGUACUACUGAAACUUUAGAAGUUCCAUCUAGUACGACUACCACUACUACUACUACCACAACUACUGUUAAACCUAUAGAAGUUGAAAGUACAGAAAAUGAUGUAACUGUUGAACCGAUUGAAGAACAAACUGACAAACCUACUGAUGAAGAUGAUAAUAAUGAUGAUACCACAGAAGUUGCUACUGAUGAACCUGUAAGUUCAAGUACUGCUUCAACUUUGGCGUACACCAACAAAAUCUACAAGUCAGCUGAAGAUAGACCUAAGCUGGACUUGAAAUCCAGAGGAUUUACAACGCCCCACCCUGAAUUAACUUCAAAAUCAGCAAACAGGUUUGAAAGUAGUUCUAAAAAAUCAUUCAAAUUGCGUCCGACUAAAAAUGGUCCCACCGAAGAGCCCCGAAAAGAAGAACUUGAUGAUGUGGGUCAUGGAACAGUUAAACCGUUCAGAAAGUUGGAAAAGCCUACGAUUUUGAGAUCCCGUCCACGAUUUGGUGGUGUGACUAGAGAUGAUACCAUUAGUAGUACUUUCAGAAGUGCUAGUAGGACUCCAUACAAAUUUACUAAAGGUACAACUGCAGCUGUGAUUGAUAAUGAUGAAGAUAACGAAGAUGAAAACAACGAUGAUGAAAGAUUUGACGACAAUGAAGAAAAUGAAGAUGAAGAAGGUGAUUAUGAUGAAGAAGAUGAAGAAGAAGCUAAAACUCCUGCUGUAAGUCGUCCAGCUCUGCCAAGGUUCAAUUUAAACAGAAAUCAAGCUCAAUAUCAAAAACCAGACACAUCUACAAGAUGGACUAAUGUUCCAUUCAAUCCAAAUAGUAAAACUACUAAACGUAUAAAAACCACAACAAGAAAUGGUUACAAGAGGUUCACAAGCACAACACCUCUUAGUACCACAGCUGAUUUAGCUGACAUAAACGUUGAAGCUCUAAAUCAACGUAACAAACAAUUGUUUACCAAGACCAGAAAAAUGAAUACACCAUUCCAAGCGUCUACAACUGUCAGUUCGGCAAGUGUUACAACUGGUAACACCCACUCGGAAUCAACAACCAAUGAAGACACAGAAACUACUUCUGAUUUUACCACUGACAAGUUGGAUAUUACCACAUUUAGCAAUGAAAUUGAAAGUACUGAUAAGUCCAUUACCACUGAACAUGAAGCACAAUCCAAAACUACUACUGAUAAACCAACAACAUUCUAUCACAUCUUCGCUGAGACAGAACCAUCUGUAACCGAAGAUGACAAAACAUUAAAUUCUCUCGAUGGUGAUGUACCCAAUCACUUCGAGAAGUUAAUUGAAGUCAAUCGAAUUGUAGAAAUUAAAAACGGAUCAAACAACGGCACACAAGUGGAUCACCUUGGUGUGAUCAACAGAGUUACCAACAUUGAAGUUGUAAACGGUCAAAACACUGAAGAUUCCAAAGGAGAAUUAAAAAUUAAUAUCAAUGGUCCUAAUAUUGAGACGGAAUACUUGAAUCCAUUUGAUAAUAACAGGAAAGAGCGCAAGUUUGAAAUCUACGGAGAUAGCAAGGUUUUGAAUUACACUCGUCAGAACCCAGCCAUUGUGAAUGCGAAAGCAGUUGAGAUAAUUCCUAAUCAGAUUCUUAUCGAAAGCAAGUCAAACGUGCGAACAAUCACGCCUCGGCCAUUGUUUAAUACUGAAGUGUCAACUAUUGCUUUAGAGGGUUUAUUCAAAACCGAAGCGCCUAGUUAUGCGGAAAUGUCCAGCGGGGAAAACAAAGAUGGCGAAGAGCUGCUAGAAACACAACACACAAAAUAUGUAAAUAUUAAGAUUCUGGAUCAGGAUUACGCGCGUGCGCAGAAGGCAAUCAUCGACCCUAAAGCGAAAUUCGUUCCGGUGAAGAUUCUCCAUGAUGAUGCAAGCGAUGUGAAAGCUCAAGUGGUUGAGGUUGCUAGAAAUGAUAAGGAGGUUAUUAAAAUUGCUCCCAUUGCUGUUGCUGUACAUAAAAAAGAAAAAAGCGCAUAGGUGGAUGGAUUUGAGGUUAAUUAGGUUGUAAUUAAAAGUCUAUACAAAUUAGGAUUGUUCGUGCUAGUCAAACCUAAGAGAUACAAUAGUUGUUAAUAACUCCAAACAAAAUUUGUGUACGAUUUUUUAUCAGAUUCUAUUUAGAAUAGUUUUGGUUUUAUUCAGCACAAAAUUUCGGUUGAUAGAUAAAACGUAUUUUUUAUUUUGUUAUAAUAAAUUGAUUAGUUGAUCACGUUUGUUAUUUGUUUAACUUUCGAAUGACAUUUAGGAUUAACACUAAACUCAUUUGGAUGAAAAUGUAAAAUUACCGCGAUUAGAAAGUGAGACUCAAUAAUUUAGCAAUAAACAGAUGAAGAUUGAAGGCAAUCAAUCAAAGCCAUCGAGAGCGUGUCUCCAAACCGCCAUCACGACCUAAUUUAGCUUGCUAAACUUUUUAUUCAAUCAAUUUCCAUAACCAUGUCGAAGUUGUUUCGUCGCGCACCGCUUGGAAAAGAAGCCAAGAAUGUUUUUGUAUGUAUAUAUAAAUAUAUUGAAGCGAGAAAAGUAAAAAUUCUCUUCAGGUGUUUUGCAUUUUAAGCAAUUAUGUACAUGCCUGCCAUACUGCUUUCUAAUCACUGGCUCUCUGCCUUUGCCGGUGAAACCAUGCCACCACUUUAUGAAGCAAUACUGCCAUCAACACUUGAAUUCGAUAGCGCUGUGGCUUAUAAAUGUACAUAGUGAAAAUGUGUAAAAGUAGAUUUGACACUGCGCAACACUCUCAGCACCGUCGUUUGUGGUUGUACUGCUCGUUCUCAUAUUCUGUGAAUGUUUUUCAGACACCGAAACACCAACUGAUGCCACUUGUUAUCAAACUAACCAAGUAUUUCUUGCUGUAAUGCUCGUGUAGUGAGUAGUUUCUCUUUAACAUCAAAAUUAAACUAAACCAUACUAAACCACAUCAUAUUUUUUUAAACUUUAGUGGAAGCAGUGAAAUUCUGUUUUGUACGUAAUUAGUGAUCUAUUAGUUUACUACUUUUUUUUAAAUAACAAUUAGUUUGUUAGUUACAUGCACUUAUAGUUAUAGACAUAGAACUUCAUUUUUAUUGUAUUGUAUCGAGAUUGUAAAAUAAUUGUUGUUCGGCCAGUAUGUGCGAGUAUUUUUUUUGCUAACAAAACUGUGUGUACAUGUGUUAAAUAUAUGUUAUAUUUAUGUUUAAAAGAA